GGAGCUGUGCGCAGGUCCACACGAGAUUUUACCAGGAGGGGAAAAAAAGGAGCCCUUGGCUCACUUGGAAAAAAACUCUUCCAGAAGACAGUGGGACACACGCAAAUAAAGGAGCGCGCAGUCAGCCAGCCAGCCAGCCGGUCAGUGAGUGGUGGUGUUCGGGGAAGACGAGCCUGGGAUCAUGUGGAUAUAAAACAGCGAGGAGGAAAACGGGAGGGCAGAGAGCAUCUCAGAGAGGCGUGUACCUGAGAGGCCGUGUGCGAGGACAUGCGCUGACUUCAGCGCUCGGCAUUCGUAAGCCCGCGGGAGGGAGGAAGACGAGGAGGAUGCUGCAUUGACAAUACAGAAGCAGCUGGGUGUGCAGAGAUCAUAUCAGGCUGUCAGUGUGGAGUAGUGCUGGAGGCUGCGGGGCGGCUGUGCGCUGUGUGAAGUUCCUGAGAGCGCAGAGAGAGGCAGAGUGGCAGUCACUCGCAGGGACACACUUGUACAGGAGGAGAGGACUGGCGCUCUCUCACCAAAAAGGAUUUCUAAGAUUAAAAAAACCCCCGCAGCCCCUGCACGGUUGUGUUCGUUGUGGCUGCACCUCAGGGAUUUGAAGGAGGCGGGCUGGUGCUGGCGUGAUGUCGGUGCUGUGGUCGCCUCAGGAGUGGGCCUGGCAGGCGGUUCUCCUGGUGACUGGACUGGCGUCACUGAGCCGCGGGUCUGAUGGCAACAUGUUGGACACCAUGUUGCUGAAGAACGGACGGAAGGGGGGAUCGGAGCGAAAGUCGGAGGAGAGCAGCGGCACAGCGACCGUCUCAGCUCAGAACCUGCUUUUGUGCCACUGCAACCACCACUGCCCGGAAUCCUCUGUCAACAACACAUGCAUGACUGAUGGUUACUGCUUCACCAUGGUGGAGGAGGAGGAGGGCGGCGUGGCUGUACUCACUGCAGGUUGUUUAGGACUGGCUGGUUCUGAGUUCCAGUGUAGAGACACGGGGAAAGCACGUUCUAGGAGAGCUCUCGAGUGUUGCACAGAUCAGGACUACUGCAACCGAGAUUUGCAUCCCACUCUUCCUCCGCUCAUGACGUCAGAUUAUGUCGACAGCAGUAUCCACUACAUGGCUCUCUUCAUUUCAAUCACAGUCUGCACCAUCAUCCUUGGACUCAUCCUCGUCUUUUUCUACUUCCGAUAUAAGCGGCAGGAGUCACAGCCACGCUACAGUAUCGACCUGGAGCAGGACGAGACCUACAUCCCCCCGGGGGAGUCUCUGAAGGACCUCAUAGAGCAUUCCCGGAGCACCGGGUCUGGCUCUGGGUCAGGACUCCCUCUACUGGUGCAACGAACCAUCGCCAAGCAAAUACAAAUGGUCAAGCAGAUUGGAAAAGGGCGAUACGGAGAGGUCUGGAUGGGCAAGUGGAGAGGAGAGAGGGUGGCAGUCAAAGUCUUCUUCACCACCGAGGAAGAGAGUUGGUUCAGAGAGACGGAAAUCUAUCAGACCUUCCUGAUGAGACAUGACAACAUACUCGGGUUCAUAGCAGCCGACAUCAAAGGAACCGGCUCGUGGACUCAGCUCUACCUGAUCACAGACUACCACGAGAACGGAUCCUUGUACGACUACCUGAGGUCCAACACGCUGGACGUCAAUUCGCUGCUGAAGCUGGCCUACUCCUCCAUAUCGGGUCUCUGUCACCUGCACACCGAGAUCUACGGCACGCAGGGGAAACCGGCCAUCGCACACAGAGACCUGAAGAGUAAAAACAUCCUGGUUAAAAAGAACGGAUCGUGCUGUAUAGCAGACCUCGGGCUCGCCGUCAAGUUUAACAGUGACACUAACGAGGUGGACAUCCCUCCCAACCUGCGCGUUGGUACGAAGCGCUACAUGCCACCUGAAGUACUGGACGAGACUCUCAACAGGACCUACUUCCAGUCUUUUAUAAUGGCCGACAUGUAUAGUUUUGGCCUCAUCGUUUGGGAGAUGGUGCGACGUUGCAUCUCUGGAGGCAUUGUGGAGGAGUAUCAGCUGCCCUAUCACGACCUCGUGCCCACUGAUCCUUCCUAUGAGGACAUGCGAGAAGUCGUCUGCAUUAAGAGACAAAGACCUUCAUUUGCCAAUCGUUGGACCAGUGAUGAGUGUCUACGACAGAUGGGAAAACUGAUGUCUGAGUGCUGGGCUCACAACCCGGCGUCUCGCCUCACGGCCCUGAGGGUGAAGAAGACCCUGGCGAAGAUGUUAGAGUCCCAAGACAUCAAGACGUCAAUGUGACAGAGAAUCAAGAGGGAUGCUCUCCUCAUCCAGAGACUUGUCGCUGCCACUGGCACGGCGCCGCUUACUACUGGCCAAAAGAAGAAAGUGGGGGGGGAAGGAGACUGUGACUGAUGGGACGAAAGGAAACCGACAGGGAACAUGAGUGAUGGACAUAAUGGCCGACCGGGAGCCAGAAGAAUGAGAGGCGAACGAUUUAUCAUGUCGGGCUGGUGGGAAAUCAGACCUCCCGUUGUUUGAGUCACCUCUGCCUCAGACAAAAGUGUUCAGGUUGUGCUUUCUGUGAAAGCUGAGCGUUUGUCGGGUCCAGACUGUCCAGGCGGGCGGGCGGACGGGGACCCUGGCAGGAGAGGAGAACAAAAAUCCCUCUGAUGUGUUCAGCACAGAGGAGGCUCCUGCUCUGCCCUUCUUAAGCCAUAUAGCAGUAUUCAAUGUGCAGACUUUUGUACCGUCACAGCUGCCUUCGUGUCUUGUUUUGUUUUGACUCAGUCACUGCGUGCUGUGAGCCCAUAGCAGACUGUGAACGGUUCAGUUCACCGUCUAUUCCCUCCGCAGUGAUCCGUCCAAAGAAAAGACCAAUUCAUGCCCAGUGACCUCUGUCAAAAUUAUUAUUAUUAUUAUUAUUAUUACAGAACAAAGCAGAGUAAAGACUAAAUUGAUGAGAUAAAUUGUUGUUUCUUGCAGAAACAGAAUUCCCUAUAUAGUAUGUCAAGGUACAUUUCAUUUUAAUACUCAAAUAAGAUCUCUGGGUCAAAGCGUUGCAUCUCUGAUGGCUCACACUAAUGGUCUUGUUCUUCCUCAUCGUCUCCUCGAUUCCACUCACAAUUCAUUUGUAAAUAGUUGAGCUGGAAUCUAUUGCUAAUUAUUGGAUGCUGAAAUAUGUUUUUGAUGAUCCCUGUGUACAGAAUACGUCCCAUCCACUCUACCACGAUGGCAUGUGCCUUAUUUAAUCUGUACAUAUGUGAUUAUCAGAGUGUAUGAUUGGAUCUGGAUAACAUUCCCUAAUAAAAACGACUUGUGUCUUGA